UCUGUAAACACGUACGCAAAAUUCAAAAGAAAAAUCCAUACCUCAUACUAUAGGGAGCAUUUCUAACUCGAGAGCAAUGGAUGAAAUCUACGGAGGCAAAGGAGAAAUUAGUUCCCUACCAAUAACACCAAGAUCAUCAGCAAUGGCACCUCCAAUACCACCAAUUUCUGCUCCACCUUCUCAAUUUCAUUCACCAUCGUUGAGUAGAUCUCCUUUACUACUCGAGAGCCCAAUUCACCAAGAAAAAUCUUUAUCUACUAAUAUUCAUACCCCGAAUGCUAAAACACCAAAUUCAAGACUUUCAUUAACACCACGGUUUCUUACACCAUUAGGUAGCCCGGUAAGAAAAAUCAUUAAAAUGACUAAGUUAGAAACUCAUCAUGAUGAUCCUGAUAAUUGGCUUCCUUUAACCGAAUCUAGGAACGGUAACGCGUAUUAUGCCGCUUUUCAUACUCUUUGUUCCGGUAUUGGUAUUCAAGCUUUGGUUCUUCCGGUUGCCUUUACUAUUCUUGGUUGGACUUGGGGAAUCAUAAGCUUGACAAUUGCAUUUUCAUGGCAACUUUACACUCUCUGGUUGCUUGUUCAGCUUCAUGAAUCAGUUGACGGAACUCGCUAUAGUCGAUACUUAGAUCUUUUCACGGCAGCAUAUGGUGGAAGGGCAAGAAAAAUUAUAGCCACGGUUCCAAUUGUGUACCUAUCAGCAGGAACAUGUAUUGCCUUGAUCAUCAUAGGUGGUUCAACUAUGAAGCUAAUCUAUCAGACACUAUGUGCAGGCACAUGUAGCAACCCUAAGCCAUUGACUCCCACUGAAUGGUAUUUGGUAUUUACAUGCGUUGCAGUAGUGUUUUCUCAGCUUCCAAAUUUGAAUUCUAUCGCCGGUGUUUCGUUAAUUGGCGCUGUUACAGCCGUUGGGUACUGUACGAUUAUGGUUGUCGUUUCAAUAAUCAAAGGCAGGAUUCCUGGUGCUACUUACGAUCCCGUUGAUGAAAGUUCUGAUGUUUUAAAGAUUUUCGGUCAGCUCAAUGGCCUUGGUAUUAUCGCAUUUGCUUUCAGAGGACAUAAUCUUGUUCUCGAGAUUCAGGGAACACUGCCAUCAAGUGAAAAAUACCCAUCCAAAGUGCCUAUGUGGAGAGGUGUAAAGCUUGCCUAUGCAAUAAUCGCUAUGUGCCUAUUUCCUCUGGCAAUAGGAGGUUAUUGGGCUUAUGGUCAUAUGAUACCAGAAAACGGAGGAAUGUUGUCAGCGUUAUUCGCAUUUCACAGCCGGGAUACAUCCAAGACAGUUCUUGUACUGACGGGUUCAGCAAUAGUGGUAAAUGCAGUAUGCUCUUUCCAAAUCUAUGGAAUGCCAUCUUUUGAUGAUAUGGAACAGAGAUACACAAACAGGUUUCACAAGGCAUGUCCAUGGUGGGUUCGAGUAUUGACUCGUCUGUUUUUCGGAUUUAUAAACUUCUUUGUGGCGGUUGCAAUACCAUUCUUGGGUAGUCUUGCUGGUUUAAUCGGAGGGUUAGCAUUACCAAUCACUUUAGUUUAUCCAUGUUUCAUGUGGAUUUCCGUCAAUAAACCAAAACCACAUAGUGCAAUGUGGUACGUUAACUGGGGACUUGGAAUUCUUGGUAUAGCAUUGACAUGCAUAUUGGUUGCAGCUGGGUUUUUUACUGUGAUAAACACUGGUAUCAAGGUCAGCUUUUUCAAACCCAAGUAAGUCAGAUAGAAUAUGAAAAGAAACCUUGUGGUUAUGGAAAUUUAUUGAGAGCUCAAGAUUAUAUUGUCCCUUCGGGGAUAUCCAAUAAAAAAAUUAGAACAUUUUAUAUAUUUAGUGGGCUAAUCUUUCUUUGUGUUCUUACUUUUUGUUUGUUAAUUGUUAUUACUCCAUCUUCGUCAAGCUGAUGCAAGAUGAAUAAGGUUGAAAU